AUGGAAGAUAGGAAGAGUUUGUUAGGGAAGAGAGGGACAGACGAAGUAGUUGUUAUGAUUCCAGGUAGCGAGUAUCAAAGCAGAGGUUCUGCACCAAGACCAAAUCUGGAUCCAAAAGCAGAGCUUGAGAAUCUCCAGUCAAGAGCACAGAGUCCUAAUUUGACAAGCCCCGGCUCUGCCCAAGGAAUCACUCAAUCCGGCCCUGCUCCAAGUAAGCCUCGCGUAAAUGCCGCUGAUGGGUCAGCUACAAACAAGUCCUUUUCGAGUACGUCGAUGUCGAAGCAGAGAUCAAGAUUCGAAGAACCAUCGUGUCCUAGUGAUGCUGGUUCAGUUAAGGACAACACACAGCUGAAGAAUGCACAGGGCUCGCCUAAUGUGGGCUCGCCUUACGAUGAUGCAAGCGCUAAUGCCACUACAAAGAGUGCGAAGCCCAUGCCGAACGCGGCUCAAAUGCCUCUUUCGAAGGCUGCAGCGGUGGAAGAUGAUGAGCAUGUGUACAAGGCCGAAAAUUUGAAGGUCCAAGAGAUGUCUGGCAAGAAAUUCAUCAAGAAAAUUUUCUGGAUCGAGUUGGCAGCAUUUGUGCGCAUCAUGGGACUUCUGAUCGCGAGUUUAAUCAUUCGCAAGCUGAAAAAUACAGAAAUUUGGCACUUGGAGCUGUGGAAAUGGUGUGUGCAGGUGCUGGCGAUCUUUUGUGGUAGGUUGGUGGGUGAAUGGUUGAUUGACACAUUGGUCUUCUUGAUUGAGAAGGACUAUUUGCUCAAACGUAAGGUCUUGUACUUCGUCUUCGGAUUGAAGGACAGUGUCGAAACGUUUAUCUGGUCAGUUUUCGUUUUUUUAGUCUGGGUUUUCCUGAUAAACCAUGGAGUGAAGCGAUCGAGGCACGAGAGGGAGGCUUUACAUUAUGUGACAAGGGCUCUUGCUUGUUGUCUUAUAGGAGCUGCUAUGUGGCUUGUCAAAACACUGUCAAUAAAACUCCUAGCGGCUUCUUUUCAAUGCAAGAGGUUCUUCGAUCGCAUCCAAGAAUGUCUCUUUCACCACUACGUAGUCAAGACCCUUUCAGGGUCGCCUUUGAUGGAACAGCAUGACAAGCCCUACGGGCGGCUCAGUGUUGAGAAGUACAUCAAAGGAGUGGCGAAGAAGCUAGAAGAGGUGAUUGAUGUAGAGAAGUUGAGUAAGAUAGGCCGGGAUCAAGUCUCUGCCUGGACGAUCAAAGGGUUGGUCCCAGGGACUUCAACUCUUGUUGGAAGCCUUGAUGAAUGCCGGGAUGAGGACACAGAGCAACAAAAUACGGAGAUCACUAGUCAAUCGAAAGCAAUGGCAGCUGCCGACGAGAUAUUCAAUAAUGUCGCCAAGACGCCUGGACAAGAGGACAUCGUAGAGGAGGACCUCUUGCGCUUCAUGAAGAAGGAAGAUGUUGAGAAAUUCAUGCCUUUGGUUCAGGGAGCAGAAAAAACUAGACCAAUCGAUAGGUCAUCUUUAAAGGACUGGCUGGUGAGCGUUUACCUUGAAAGGAAGUCCCUCGCCUACAGCUUAAAAGAUACGAAAACAGCCAUUGAGGAGCUGAACAGGCUUGCUUCAGCAGUUGUGCUGAUCGUGAUCAUUAUCAUGUCAUUACUUAGCAUGGGAGUUUUGACGACGCAAGUACUUGUGUUCAUGUCAUCCCAGCUUUUACUUGUUGCAUUUAUAUUUGGGAACACAGCCAAAACAAUGUUUGAAGCCAUCAUUUUUGUUUUUGUAAUGCAUCCCUAUGACGUUGGUGACCGUUGUGUCAUCGAUGGAGUGCAGAUGGUGGUUGAAGAGAUGAAUAUCCUGACAACAGUCUUCGCGAAAAAUGACGGCGAGAUGAUAUUCUACCCAAAUUCAGUUCUGUCCGCCAAACCCAUCAGCAAUUUCUACAGGAGCCCAUUCAUGAGUGAUUCCGUGGAGUUCACAGUCGACUUCUCCACUUCGCCCGGCACCAUUACUGCUUUAAGAGAAGAAGUAAAGGGGUACUUGGAAGAUAGGUCUAAUAACCAUUGGAAGAAGGAUCACAGCAUCGUGGUUAAGGAGAUUGAAGACAUGAACAAGUUGAAGAUGGCUCUAUACGUCACUCACACAAUAAAUUUCCAAAACCCUGGAGACAGGAACAGCCGGAGAUCCGAGCUCGUGUGGGAGCUGAAGAGGAUCUUCGAGAAACUCGGCAUCAGCUACCGUCUGCUUCCUCAAGAAGUUCUAGUCAGCUACGCUGGCUCAGCGCCCGCCGACUCGAGGUUCCAACUCCUCCAGGGGCGGAGUUCCUAG